AAAAAGGCCGGGAUGGCCUCUCUCGUCUCAGGCUUUUCUCUGGUACGGCUGAAAAUAAUUUCGGAACGAAUUUUUCUUAUCGUGUUGAAAACAGCGUACACUUUGAGAAUAACCUUAAUGUCACUUGACUUUUAAUAAAAAUAAUAAUGAAAGUUUGGUUGAAUCUUCUUCAAGGAUUACAAGAGACAGGAGAAACAGAUUUAAUUUGUCAAUGAAACCAAAAUAUUCAGAACGCUAAUUGCAAGAUUGGUGAAAACGAUAUUUAUUAACAGUAAUUGAUAUUUAAUAUACACAUAAAACCUCUUUGUCCUACGUACACUACAAUUAUUAAGUUUUGUGUUGAUAAUCACAUAUUACGAAAUGGAUAAAAACAUAGAUGUUUUAUCAGAAGACAUUGACGAGUUGAUGUUACGUAAAUUAGAAUUAAUAGAGGAAAAAGUUCGUGGAAAUAUUCAAAUGGAAACUUUGCUGAAGGAUGGUCACAUUGAAUUGGCAAAAGCGAAAUAUAUUCGUGGAAAGGAGAAUAUCAGUAUGUUACAGGUUCCAAACAAAGAAGAUACAGUGACAUCCUUGUUUGAUUUGGAAACUAAAACAACAGAUGAAGAUAAUGAUACUGUACCAUGUUUUGACAUCAGUUUUAAAAAGUUAAACGAUGACGCAGAUGGACCAGGGGAUCCUAUAAAAUGGUUCGGCGUACUAGUCCCGCAAAACUUGAGGAACAGUCAGAAACGUUUCCAGGAAUCCAUCUAUCAUGCAACGAAGAUAGCAAAUGUACAGGCAGAGCUCAUUUCUGUACUUUCCAAGCUUAAGACAUUGUGUAUCCAAAAAGAUAGUUUAUGUUCUCCAAAUGGUAUUAAAACUUAAUCAAUGAACAAAGAUAAACAAUGAUUUUUAGAAAUUUUGUUAUAUAAUAAGAAUUUAAUACCUAAAGACGUGAUAAAUUCUAAAUCAUAUACAAAUCUCAUUCGGGCCAUAAUAAGAACAUUUUUUAAUGCGUAAUAUAUUAGAUAUCCUAGUAAUAUAUCAGAAAGAAAAAGUUGUAAUACAUCUAUUAUUCUAAUAUAUAAAAUAUAUAUGUAGACGUAAUAUAGAUACAUAUGUAGGAUUUUGUUUACAAUUCUCCACAUCUUUUA